ACGCCAUUAUUGUAAGUCUUUAUGAAAAGCAUGCUGGGAUUUUAAAUAUCUAUUUUUAGCAUCAAUCGUUAAUUUUCAGUGAUGGAUACUAGUACGGAAAAUAGUUUAGUGAAUUCUUCGAACCAUUUUCAGGAUCAGGAAUUAAUAGCAAAGAUUCCACCUCUCUCUGCAGGAAAGACAAAGCACUUCUUUGUGUCUUAUUCCAGUUCCGACAAAGAACGGGUUUAUUCAGUGAUUGAAGAGGUGGAAAAGAGAUUUGGUCUGAAAUGUGUAUUUGAUGAACGGGACUUUCAGGGCGGUAAGGAUAUUACUGUUAAUAUACGUGAAGGAAUGAUGUCAUCAUUGAAGGUGUUGAUUUUCCUGACACCAAACUUUCUGCAGAGUGGCUGGUGUAAGUAUGAAACCGAUGCGGCAUUUAUAAGUUCUAUGGGCUGUGGAUAUAGUUGUUUAGUGCCUGUACUACUGGAUGAAUGUAACAUACCACCAACACUUGUUACGCUCACUUACAUUGAUGCAACAAUACCGGGAUUAGAUGUGCCAGCAAAAAUUGCAGCGUCUCUCCUACGCCGUGCUACAGAUGAUGGACUAUUUUCCAUGUUCAACAUCAGGACGUUAACCCGACAAUACGAGAAUGGAUAUUGUUUUAUCAUUCCGGCUAAACGUGAUAAGCUUACAGUCAUCAGACCUGCCAAAUACCGAUUUUCAAUUGAUAGUAAUCUCAUACAAAAACUGAAAGAAAACAAGGUUGGGGUACCAGAACAGCUGUUGAAAACGACAGUCGACAUCAUAAACAAAGAUCUGAUUAUGUGCUCUUACGAUUACUUUAGCCGAUGGAAAAACUGUUGCUGGACGUAUUUUCUGGUACCACUUUAUGUCUUGAUAUUUCUGACCGCUCACAGUUCAUGGAUUCUAAAUACAGCGACAAGAGGAAGGAACGCGAAACUCGUGUCUGCCAAUUUUUAUUCAAUGGUGAUCUCAAUCAUGAUAAGCACAUUUAUUGUCAUACAAAUCGUUGUAUGCUGCUUACCAACGUGUUGUCGUAGCAAGAAGCGGGACCUGUCUGUACAAGCAAAAUUGUGGCGUAAAGUUGGUGCAGAAUGUAUUGAAAAUAAUGUUCUACUAUUAUUUACCGGAAGACGAAAGAGCAAACCAUCUCUCCUUGUAAUGAGAUAUAAUGUUGCACGGUGUAAGGAGUACUUCGUUGGAAUCAUCAGGAGAAGGAACAUUACUCCAGUUGAUCGGACAUUAACGCCCGAGAUGUAUGCAGAUUUGUUGAUUGAAAGGCAUUUGUCGCAAAGUUUUUCUAUGCUGGCAGACGACUUUGAUUUCUUACCAGAUGCGCCAUAUAAUAGACAUAACGUGAAGAAAGGCAAAAUGUGCAUUUGUCAACAACUCGAACUUAACUUGUAAAAGUUUUGCCGGCGAUUUCUAUCUCGGUGUUGAAGGAGCACUGGUGUUUCUGUUGUUGUUAUUUUCUUUUUUUUUCUUUUUUUUAUUCUUUUUUUUUUCUAGUUUUUUAAAGGAAUUCAUAUAAUAUUUGAAUGCUGCAGAAACAUUUGUAUUUUCGAAAGUUGUACAAGUAAAAGUGUGUGUAAAUUCUAAAUCAUAAGAAAUAUUUGUGAAACUUGACACAGCAAAAAUACUUCUUGAUGAAAGAAAACGGUGCAUCAUUUGAACUUAAAAAUACAUGCUUCGAAGCACAUAGAAAUGAAUAUUUGUUCCUUAUAUAGAAAGGGUAAAGAGAUGUUUUGUUAUAUUUUAUAAUGGAUUUACGACAUGUGAGAUGCAAAUGACCAGGAGGUGAAGGUGAAAUAAUUUGUGAUGAAGACUGCAAAAUGUAAACCAAGUUAUAAUUUGACUUCCAUAAACAAUAUGAAUGAACGUACUGGUGUAGCAAAGAUGGCUCGGGUAUACGGAGCAAAUGAGUCACUGGACACUUAAAAUAAAAAGCCUUUGUAAAAUAGAACUGUCAGCAUUUUAGGCGGUAUUGAAGUAAUUGAAAUAUUGAAUUAGAAAUGAAUUUUAAUGAUAGAUAAGACAGGUAUAUUUAAUAAUAUUUAUUUUAUUUUUGAAUGAUAAAUUGGAAAAAGU